AUGAUUAAAAAAACAUUCAAACUAUUUAGCACUUUAUAACAAGGUCAAACAGAAACAUAUGAUAUAAUAAUAUCAGGAUGUGGACCAGUAGGUUUAAGUUUUGCCUGUGCAUUAUCAAACAGCAUGUAUUUCAAAAAUUAAAAAGCAAAAAUCUUAAUGUUAGAUUCAUAAAAAUUAGAAGAAAACCUAACUGAUAUUCCUCACUAAAGAGUAUACAGUAUAAAUUAUUCAAGCCAGAAUUUUUUAUAAUCAAUUGGUGCUUGGGACCAUUUAGAUAAAAAAAGACUGGGGCACACUAAAUAAAUGCAAGUAUGGGAAGAAAAAGGUUAAAGUUACAUCAAAUUUAAACAUUAAGGAAGUCCGAACGACGAUGAUAAUAAAUUAGGAACUUUAAUUGAAAAUAACAAUAUAAUAUUAAGCUUAUUAAAAAGGAUAAGAGAAUUAAAUACUAUAGAAUUUUCCAUUCCGGACCAAAUCGAAUGUUUAGAAGACGACGAGAACUCAAAUUUAUAAAUCGUAAAAUUAAAAUCUGGAAGAAAAAUGUUUUCUAAAUUAGUUGUAGGAAGUGACGGAAGGAAUUCGGUAGUAAAAGAAUAAAAAAAAAUUGGUACAUACGGUUGGAUGUAUAAUUAAAUGGGUAUCGUAUGCACUAUUAAGACAAGCAAAAGUGAAAAAAAUACGGCUUAUUAAAGAUAUUUUAUUAAUGGUAGUUCUCUUGCAAUUCUGCCUUUGUGGGAUGGAUAUAGUUCUAUAGUAUAUUCUGUGCCUUUAUAUUAAUAUGAAGAAUUAAUUAAAUAGUCCGAUAAUGACUUUUUGAAUACUUUAAAUUUCGCUUUAUCUAAAUAAUCAAAUUUGUAGACUCCGACGUUCAAUUUUAAUGAUUAGAGCUUUGUUCCGCCUCCUUUCGUAACUUAAAUUAUUAAUAAAAGACUUGCUUUUCCUUUGGCUUAGCUAUAAUCUGGAAGAUAUAUAGCCAGAAAUAUUGCACUUAUAGGGGAUGCGGCACAUUCGAUACAUCCACAUGGAGGAUAAGGUCUGAAUAAUGGAUUUAAUGAUGCGAUUUCCCUUUCCAAUUGUGUUAUUAGGAAUUUUAGGGCUGGACAUUUUAUUGGGGACUUGAUGAGUUUAUAGGAAUAUGAAAGUGAAGCGAAGGUUUUUAAUUAUUUUAAUGGAAUUUCAAUGGAAGUUCUUAAAAAAUUAUAUGAAGUUGAUGUUGCGGGAUUUGCAAUGGUCAGAAAUUUCGGAGCUAAUCUGUUAAAUAAUUGUAAUUUUAUUAAAAACAAUAUUUAGAAGAUUGCAGGGUAAAAUCCUUUUGCUCCUUAAAAAUAUGAAUGGAUUGAUUGA